AUGCUGCGUGUGUCACUCAUUUUUUGCGGCAGUGGAUUUCUGCGGACUGCUGGGAAAGGGAAUAAGGCCACUGUCGCAGCUGCCGCUGCCGUCAGUGCCAAGGCUGCUAGUAGUAGCGCUGGGAGGAGAACGAAGGCAACGGCGCAGAGCACAAAUGUGAUGGAGGAGGAUUCUACACGCCUUAUUCACGCCAGUGAUUCCACGCGUUCUCGCUUAGGCGACGAGGCGGCAGGCGAGGCAUCACGUCCUCCCUACGGGGCUACUGCUUCCGACUCCCGCAGGCGCAGAAGUCAACGUAGCGAUGAAGACGUUCUUCAGGUGGCCCAACGCAUGCAGCGGCGGGAUGUUACAGGAGAAGUCCCCGUGGCGUCCUUUGCCUACGAAAUAUUAAAGGCGCACCCGUCUGUGCGACAGAUGGGGUUGCGGGAGCGCAUGGCAUUCCUCUGCGAUCGCUGGGAGCGGCUUAGGAAGGAGGAGCGACAGGUGUACCUAGACGACCCACUCAAAGGCCUCCUGUAG